CUUCGUGGCUAUAAAGCCUGAACUGAGUGGGGUGGUCGGCACUGAUAGAGGGCAAAAGACUAAUAACUGCUCGCACAAUGGAGUUUGCCUUGCUCGCGUUUUUUACGUUAUUUGCAUCAUUUUCCAGCAGUCUGGCGUUGUCACGAAGUAAAGGCGCGUGUCUGCUUCAAGUGGAAAAUGGUCCCUGCAGAGGAGAAAUCGAGCGCUAUUACUACAACACCGUUACCCAGAAGUGCGAGAUAUUUUAUUAUGGAGGUUGCCAGGGAAAUGCCAACAACUUCAAUAGUUAUCAGGAAUGCCAAAAGGCAUGCUUCAGAAUUCCAAAGAUUCCUCAAAUCUGCAGGUUUCCCAAAGAGGCGGGUCAUUGUCGUGGCCUCUUUCCCCGCUAUUUCUUCAACAUGACCACUAUGCAGUGUGAGUCCUUUUACUAUGGGGGAUGUGGUGGAAACACCAAUCGCUUUAACGACCUCCCCUCUUGCCUGGAGUACUGCAGUCCCAAAAAAACUAUUCCUGUGCUCUGUCUGGACCCUCUGGACAAAGGGAAGUGUUCGGCCUCUAUAACUCGGUAUUACUACAACACGGCCACCAAGAUGUGCGAGGAGUUUGUCUACUCGGGCUGCGGAGGAAGCAGCAACAACUUUGUGUCACGGCAGAGCUGUGUGGACGUGUGUGUUCAAGGACCAAAAAAACGCUCAAGUCAUGGGAAACUUCGGCGCUUGAAGCAAAAUAGAAGCAAUCGCAUCCCGCUGUUCCAGGUCGAAAAAGCCUGAUGUCACUCAGGAGUUCACAUUUGGACAAGUCCUCAACGUUUGUUUGAGCUAGCAUAAUGACACGUCGUAUAUUUUCAUAUAGAACGACUCUUCAAAUGCUGUGUGUACAUUUUUUAAAAUUUCUAUGUGAUUUUAAACACAAGUUUUCAAUCAUACUGUGCCAGCCGGAGGCAUAAGUGAACUGAGCUGCUGCAUAAGACCUUCAGACUAGCGGUCAGCUCUGUUUUAAUUGUCAAUGUAUAUUUGUUGGUGGAAAAUAUACAAGUUUGCCACUGAUGUCUGUUCCCGGAGCCACAUUUGAUGUGUUAUGCAAACUAAUCACAAGCUAUGCAGAUAACAAUAUGCUUCUUUUCCUGACUGUGAAGGAGUAAAAGAAUCUCGUCUCCACGAUUUAUUUACUGCUAUUUAUUUGGUAAAUAAUAUCACCUGGAAAUCAAACUCUUCUUGGACUGGCUCUGAUGAUAGUGCACCACUGUUCCUAAUUAUGUAUUUUGUUACAUUAUAUAUGAAAACUGUAUGUUAUGUAUGUAAAGACAUUUUUAUGAUUUAUUUUAUAUAUAAAAUGUACAGA